GGGAAGAAAUUAGAAAAGUGUACUGUUUAUUUUCAGGAUUUUCCAAAAAUCCAUCUUGUCGAAGUUCACUACAUAACCCUCAGUCACGUGGCUGAGUGCGACGCACAGUGAUGAUGUCAGUACAUGUUUGCCAAACUAAAGCAGUGAAACGGCACAAUCUAGUGCAGUGCAUCGGUGGGUUAGUCAACUCCACAAACACAGUUCACCAGGAAAGGACAGUUUCAUAAUCAUCAAGGACGUUCCGGUUCUCAGUUGUCCCGAGACUCUGUGUGAAAAUGGAGACUUAUUUAAAGAGCUGUCGGGACGUGCUUAAGGGUCACAUGAAGAACAGCUCUGGGCAACUCAAUGUUGUGCUGGGAAAUGAGGCAUGUGAUCUUGACUCCAUGGUGUCAGCUCUCACUUUUGCCUAUUUUCUUUCAAAGACUUUUGACUCCAGGAAAGCAGCAGUGCCUGUGCUGAACAUCCCACGAGCAGAAUUUACCUUGCAUUCUGAAUGUGCUUUCCUGUUGAGAGAGACUGGCCUGUCUCAGGACUACCUGCUCUUCAGGGACGAAGUGGAUUUGCACAGUCUUCGAAAUCUGGCUAUCACAUUAGUCGACCACAACGUUCUACCUGAGGCUGACAGGACACUGGAGGAUGCUGUGGUGGAAGUCAUUGAUCAUCAUCGAUUAGAAAGAACCCCAUCUCCUUUGUGUCCCAUCACCGCAGAAACCGUGGGCUCCUGUGCCACCCUGGUUACAGAGCGCAUUGUCCAGAAAGCACCUGAAAUGCUGGACCAACAGGUGGCACAGCUCCUUUAUGGCACGAUUAUCACUGACUGUGUUAAUAUGGCACCUGAGGCAGGAAAAGUCACACCCAAAGACAGCCAGUAUGUCAUCUAUCUAGAGAGCCGUUUUCCUAAACUCCCUCCGCGGAGCAUCCUCUUUCAGUCUCUACAGAAUGCCAAGUUUGAUGUGUCAGGCCUUACCACUGAGCAGAUGUUGUUAAAAGAUAUGAAGACCGUAUCAGGAGGAGAUCUGAGACUGGCUGUUAGUGUUAUCUACAUGACACUCGAGGAUUUCCUGCAACGUGAGUGCCUACAGAAGGAGCUUUGUGAAUUCUGUCAAAAACAUAACUACAAUCUGGUUGUGGCCAUGACCAUCUCUUUCAUCGACAAUAAGGAGCCUUUCAGGCAGAUUGCUGUUUACAGCUCCAGCACACGCAACAGGGAUGAGGUAAUCAAAGCACUUGAAAAAGCCCGGAACCCCCAUCUGAAUCUGAGUCCCAUGAGCAGUCCAUAUACAGACAUGAAAGCCUACGUUCAGGGCAACACACUGGCCUCACGCAAGAAGGUGUUACCCAUCAUUUCAGACUUCCUUAAAGACAGAGAGAGGAAAAUGGAACAUCUGGAGGACUUGGAGCUGGAGGAUGAGGCCACACAAGAGCAGGGGGACUCUCAGCAGUGCUGUGAAGACACUGGGAUGGAAGAGGACUCUGGUGUCCCUCCAACACCCAUGAACAGUCUGGUCGAAGGCUGUCCUUUAGACAAUGGUCUACCCAAAAUCAAUGCAGACGUGCUGGUGGAAAAAGUCAACAAGAUAAUCAGUGAGGAGCACGAUGACGGGCCAUGAUGGUCUUGUUUUUGUUUCCGAAUCUCAGCUUCUGAAGUCGGAAGUCGACUGUUGGAGAAAACUGGUUCUUCUUGUUCAAGUAUGCACUGUGUAUACAGCUAGCACAGGGCAGGAAACAUGAAACUACUCUAUUCUGAUCGAGGUUCAUUUCGGAAAAGCACACGUCUUAAAAAUGGUACGCAGUUUAAAUGAAAGUGACGUUCAACAUUUGGACAUAAUUAUCAUGGAUAAUUAUUUAUAUUAUAUUGUUUUGUUUGUAUUAUUUUAGUCCAGCUGCUCAUGCCAUGGGUUCUUCAGUACAGUCCACUCAGCAAGUUCAUGAAGAAGCAUUUUUCUCAGGUGUUAAAUUAAUCUGAAUCUGACAAAAGGUUGGGAUCAGUAAUAUUAGUUAUAGUGGUAAUAGUUUCAUUACUACUGAUGGUAUUUCAUCAUCCUAAAUAUCAGUAUUCAGUUUUUAUCUAAAGGCUGCCUACACACAUACCUUCAUAAAGAACUUUGUUUUAAUUAAAUUGGGGCUUUUAUUCAAUCUAUUUCUUUCUUUCUUUUUAGCAUGCUUUGCUGACCUAGUAUUAAUAAACAAUCCUAAAGGGAAGUAUUGAACACAUUAGAUUAAAUUUAGCUUAAAGAAAUAUCCUGUGUGUUUUUAUGGUUGCAAUUUUGGGUUUAUAGAAUGAUUUUGUUUUUGAGUUUUAGUGAAGUGCUGUUAUCCAUUAUGCUUGCACUUAGGUUUCAGUGCAUGAAUGAUAUUGCAUAUUGCUUACUCAGAUAUGUUUAACAUCAAUACUAGAUAUUCUGCCUCCACGAGAUAUCAGUAGGAAGGCAUUGAAAGCAUUACUGUUUUCAACUAUGUCCUGAUUCAGGUCAGGCGUUUAGUCACGUCUAGGAGAGUGUAUCAUGAGACUUUAUCUAUUUUAAUUUUGCGUCAGAAGCCAAGUAAUUUGAUGAACUGCAGCUCAAACUGCUCGCAUGCAAGCAUACGCUUAUUUAAUGAAACUCAGCUGCAGAGACAUUUAUGCUAAAGACCAAAGAGUAUUAAUGCAAGUUUUGGCAUGUUCGGUGUUCAUUUCUACAGUUCAUUUGUGCAUAUCUUUAUGCUUUAGAUUUUACACAUUUCAUUUCAGUAUUAAUGCAAAAAUUGGGUAUGACAUGCAGGGAUGAUUUAUGUGUGUGUGUCUGAGUGUGUGUGUUGUAUUUUCUUUUACAGUUUGGGAGGAAAGACAUCCAGUGUAUUCUUAUUGUUUAAAUCUGACUGUCAAUUAUUAAUCAAAAUUAUCAGCAUGCCAAGAGAUGUAUUUAUUCUGGUAUAUUUAAAUCAAUGAAAUAAAUUCUGCUGUUGAUUGCUUAGACUAGUCGUGUAUAAGAGAAUUGGUUUCAUUGAUGCAUCACAGGAGGUGUUCCGGCAGCUUUUAGAUAAACAAAAUAUAAUUUGGAUAUUUCAUUAAAGUUUUGAAGCAUCCAAACUUGAUGGCAAGAAACAUGUUGACAGGGUCCAUAUGUGAGAAUUUUGUAGGAUUUGUAGUCGUAGAAGUGCAGCUCUCAUCAGGAUAAAUGUAAUUCAAUCACUGUGAAUAAUUCUUGUCUUCUUUUUUUAUAUAUAAUGGACUAUAUAAAGGACGGCAACAUGUAAAUUACAGCUAGUUAGAUGUUUUGUUCUACACAGUGCCUAUGUCGGGCUUUAAAUGUUUUCUGUGGGUUAUGGGGUUAUUAUUUGAAUGGGGAAAGAGUACUUGCAUUCACUUUAUUAGGAAUACCUGUACACUUGCACAUUCAUGCAAUUAUCCAUCAGCCAAUCAUCUGGCAGCAGCAUGAAAAAAUUCAUGUAGCUACAAGUCAAGAGCUUCAAGUCAAUGUUCACAUCAAACAGAAUGAAGGGAAAAAAUCUCUGUGAACUCUGUGACUUAAAUCAUGGCAUGGAUGUUGGUGCCAAAUGGGCUGGUUUGAGUAUUUCAGAAGCUGUUGGAUCUCCGGGGCAUUUCACAAACUAUCAGCAGUUUCUAGAAGUUACACAAAAUUACU